GCUUUCUUAAUUCAUAAUAAAUACAAUGAAAAUAAUGUAGCUGUUGAUAUCUUGUCAGAAAAUAAUAAAACAUUAUAUAUACAUAUCAUACAGUUACACAAAUACAUCCAUACCGCGAUCAAAAUGGCUUUCUGUGGACACAUAGAUCCUGAUGGCAAGAUCGUUUGGAGGGAUGAAACAUUUUCGGGCAGUACUCGCAUCAUAUCACAAUCCUCAGAUCAAUCGAACACAAUGGAACAAUCGGAUAAAUCGCGACCUCUUAGUGUAGAUUUUCAGAACUUUGAUAGCCCACAAGAAUGGAAACGUUGCAGUCUGCAGGGAAUUAAUGGCGUUAUAUGCGAAGAUCAGGCAGAAUCGUCCUCAUCAUCGUCAACGCCACUAUCCCUGCCGCCGGCAACGGACAGCAACUACAUCUUCGAGAGGAGGCAAACUGCUGAUUCACUUUACAGCUGGUCAGAGGUUUAUGGGUCGGUUAAGCCGAAUGAGGCCCAGAGCAAUGUGGUGCCAUCACUGGAGCUGCAGUCGAAGACGAGCACGCUCGACUAUCUGCGUCAGCUGGAUGGCCUGAAGCUGCAUCGUGAACCGAAGGUGGCAUAUGAGAAUUGGAUAGCGUCAAAGGAGAGAAUACGCCAGCAGGAGUUGCAGCAGCAGAGAUUAAAGCUAGAGAAGGAAAAGGAGCGUAAGGAUCAACGCAAAUAUCUGGCGAAAUUGUGCUACGAGAAAUGGCUGAACGAUAAAGCCAGACAGGCAAAUCAGAAACGUAGCAUGCAACUGCAGCAGUCAAGAAGCAGUUCGAGUAGCAGUUCAAUGCGCAAAGUGUCACAGUCAGAGAUCAGGCAAGAAGUUCAGAGUUGGUGGCUCAAGAAACAGGAACAACAGCAACGUCAGCGAUUGGAGACACAACGGCAUAUGCAGUUAAAAGAACAAAAGAAUCAGCAUCGUAAGCAACUGGCGGCAAUGGCCUGGGAGAAAUGGAUGAGCAAUGUGUUCGAUAAGCCCAAACCUGUGCCCAUGAAUCAGGGUAUCGAUUCACUCCGUGGCACCGUCUCUGAGAUCUACAUUAAUCCUAACCCCUGGAAGCAUCUCCAGAAACCAACGGAGGAGCAAUAAUUUUUUGAGAUUAACUUUGUAAAUGUAAAAAGUCGGAAUUGAAUUUAUGUAAUUAGUAUCGUAUUCAAGUGCAGUUCUUUUGCUACUAGUGGAGUAGUCUCAUCAAAUAAAUUAAAUAC